AAUAACGAAGCCAUAAAAAUAUAUGACUCUGGCUAAUAAAUGGCGGCUGUAUUUACCAAAUCGACGUACUAUUGUCUUUAACAACUGUGGGCGUCACAUUUCGGAUUUUCAAAAGUUUAAAGAUCCAUCGAUCGCAGAUUUCCCUCGAUAAUGGAAUAAUUAAUUAUGCACUGGUUUGAUAAAUUAAAGUGUAACCACUUGUUAUAAAACAUGUCUUCCCAAUAUGUGCGUGUAUCAACUGAAAGUGAUGACAACAAUGACGAUGAAGCUUUACAACUACAUAGUUUGUCUCUCACAAAAGAGAAGCAAGUUGCCAGCGAAAAUGUUGUUUACAAACAAAAAAGAACUGAUAUUAAUUUUUGGAACACAGAAUGCAUAUGUCGAUUAAUUUCGUUAUUUGUUUUAAUAUUAAUCGCUCUUGGUUUUGGAAUCAGCAGAGUUCCAGUUCAUUCGUUUCACUCCCACCCUCACACAGAAGAAGAACAUCAUCAUUUAUACACAAGUGCUGCUGUAGCUGCAGGUCAAGCAGAAUGUUCGAAAGUUGGUGUUGGUGUAUUAGAAGAAGGUGGUAAUGCUGUUGAUGCGGCGAUCGCUACUUUGUUAUGCCAGGGUGUGGUGGAACCUCAUUUCUGUGGAAUUGGGGGAGGAUUUUUCAUGACAAUUUACAACAAAACAAGCAGAACAUCGACUGUAAUCGAUGCUAGGGAAACUGCACCACAAGCAAGUACUGCGGACAUGUUUGUUGGGAAUCAAAAAGCAGUAAAAGGUGGAUUAUCGGUGGCGAUACCUGGUCAAUUGAAAGGUUAUAGCUACGCAUACAAGAAAUAUGGUGGAGGUGUGAGUUGGGCUCGGUUGUUUGAACCUGCUAUUCAUAAAGCUCGUGCUGGUUUCUAUGUUUCGGGUGAAUUAGCUGCAAAACUAGAGCAAAACAAAUUGUCUGUGAUGCAACAAUCAACUUUGUGUGAGUUGUAUUGUAACAAUGACAAAAGUGAUGUCAUAAAAGAAGGCGAACUAGUAAAAAACACAAAACUUGCCGACACUUUGGAAAAAGUGAAAAAAAAUGGUCAUGAAGUAUUUUACUCGUCGCCUAUGGUUGAUCAGUUUGUCCAUGAUAUUAACAAACAUGGUGGGAUUGUUGGUAAAGAAGAUUUUGUUGACUACACUGUGAUCGAACGUACUACACUGCACGUACCACUAACCAACACUGGGUUAACACUCAUCGUACCCCCACUACCAGCUGGGGGACCCAUACUCAGUAUUAUAAUGCGGGUAAUGGACAGUUAUAAAAUUACUCCCAAACUAUUCGCUUCAAAUAAAGCCCUACACUGGCAUCGAGUGGUGGAAUCGUUCAAGCACGCAUUCGGCUAUCGGACAAGGUUCGGGGAUCCAAAUUUUAACCCAGGGGUUAACCACCUAGUGUCAAACCUACUUAGCGAGAAGGGAAUUUUAAAUAUUACGAGUAAAAUAUUUGACAAUCAAACUUUUCCCGAUCCUGCUUACUACGGAGCGAUGGUGAACAAAGGAAACUUAACAGAGUCAUCCACAUCACAUUUAUCAGUGUUAAGUCCAUCCGGGGAUGCAGUUUCCGUUACUUCAACGAUUAAUUACCAUUUUGGGUCGUUUGUGAUGUCACCAACCACUGGUGUGUUAUUCAACAACGAGAUGAAUGACUUCAAUACACAGGACAACAUUGGAGCAAACAAAGUAGAGCCGGGUAAACGACCUCAAUCAUCAAUGUCACCUUGUGUGUUGGUUGAUUCCACAACACAUCAAGUGGUUUAUAUAUUUGGGGCAGCUGGUGGGAAACGAAUUCCAACUGCUGUGGCCAUUUCACUAAUAAGGUUGCUUUAUUUCGGCACAAAUGAUUUUGAUGAUGCCAUACAAUUACCACGAUUACAUCAUCGAUUGAUACCUGAUGUGCUGAUGUAUGAAGAAGAAUUUGAUCAAAAUAUUCUUAAUCAACUUAGUGCUCUUGGACAUAAGCUGGCAAGCAAUCCAAACCAUACAAAGUCUGAAGUGAAUGGUAUAAAGAACCACAUUGAUCAUAUUCAUGCUUACUCUGAUGCAAGGAAUGAAGGAGCAAAGGCAGAUGGUUGGUGAGCUACUAAGGUGUUUAAACACACAAAAGUCCUGAAACAUUUCAAUUUCUUCAGUCUGCGUGUGAGCAGUUAAAGAUAUUUAUUUUCUUAAUUAGUUUUAAUUGCUUAGAUUAAAUAAUGAAAGUGUUACUAAUGACAAUUAAAUAAUAGUUUUUAUAUUUGUAAGUUUUAUGUGUCAACCUCCAAUAUUUGUUUUGGUUGAAUAUAAAGUAUAUGCAUUGGUGUUGCUUGUGAUGUGGUGAAGCCAUUUGGUAUGAUGAUCGAUGUG